UCGGAUUACCUUGCUUCUGAGGAACAUCGCCCCGGUUGUAGCAACAUUGAUUAAUAUGGUGCUCCGCUUUUGCGUCUGCAGUUACUGUUACGAACAAGCAAAAAUUCUUGGAAACUACGCACAGCGUAUGAGCUUAAAAUCGGACGAUCAACGAAUUCAGAACGAAUGUGCACGCGUGGACGCAGCAUUGAAUCAGGGUGGAAAUGCUGCCAUUUCCGCUGCCGGUUUCGCUGUCAUCACUAAAGAAUAUUUUGGGGCGAUAACCGGAAUGAUGCUGACAUACUUCAUCUUAAUCUAUCAAGCCCGCGACUCCAAACAACAGAUCAAACAUUUGCAAAAUAAUCUUCUUAACCUAAUGAAGGGAAUGCUGCCGCAGCUGGACCACCACACUUCCUUGUACAACAACGAUACCGCGUCCAGUGCCGCUGAUUUGAAAGAGUCGUUCCGUAUCUUAAGUUUUCACUGACGGAUUUCAUGUAUACUAGUACGCAAGAAAUUGUUUUCACGGGCUGGCAAGCGCUUUGAAUAUGAAUUAUCAG